AAAAAAUGGCAACAGACCGGCUGAAGAGGCUGGAUGGCUGACUGGCAAUGAAGACAGGGCUGACUCCAUCCAGGUGAUGAACAGAGAGAAGGUGGAGAUGGCGGUGGUGAAGACAACCAACCAACUAACCACCGCCAACAGCAACAGUAACAACCAGCAGAAAUCACCAUCAACGGGAGAAAGAGGUUGACUGAAGUAGUGUCCUGCCUUCACUUAUCUAGCUUAGGCAGCCAACAUCGUUUCAACGACAGGUAGUCGAUCGGAACGGAUGACGAUAUCAAAACCAGCCAGCCAGUCGGCCAGAAUCGGAAAGGCAAGAUACACCUUCACCAACCUGAAAUCAGUUUGGAAAUCUCCACUCCGCCUCAGCAUAGACAACAGGAUUCUCAUUUUCAACACAAAUAGUCAGAAACUUGGCGUUGUUGUCACGAAAAGCAUUUCCAACAGCCAGUUGCGGACUUUUAUCGACAGCUGCCUUCGUUCUAUAUUGAAGAUUAAAUGACCAGCCUGCCAGAAACAGUUAACAACAAGUAACUCUGCCAAUGAACAGGCCAACCCAGUGCCGAUUGCUCAACAAAUAUUGAUCGGGCUUACAUUGAGAAAGGAGGCCAUCGAAUAACAUCGCGCACAAUGCAAGUCACCAUUUGAGUGGGGAAUCCCAAUGGGAAGCAACGAGUGGUUAGUCGGUGCUGUUGUGACAUGGAGGAGAUCGUGUGAGCAACUGAAAACUAACUAUCGUUUGAUUAUUAAAAUUAUUAUUUUUAAAUCAGAACAGCGUAUAUUAAUUCAAUAAAUUGACUUGCUGCACUUGUACUCAUCAUAUUGCGUGUUUCGUUUAAAAAAAAUUUGUUUACUUCAAUUUCAGAUUAUGAAUGAAUCAACUUUUAAAAGUUCUACAUUUGGAUUUCCUAUUGGUGUGACAAAAAUACCUGUAUCACUUUCCACACUGACUGAAGUUGAUGCUAAUGGUCUGCCUAGACUACCGAUAUCAGUCACUUGUUAUGCAAGAUUUCGUCGAUUAUCAUGCAUUAAACACUCUAAUUUAUGUCGUUAUCUUGAUGCUAUCCGCGAGAAAGGUGAAAUAAUAUCAGUUAUCAGUGAAUAUUAUCAUACAAACUUUGGUGAUAUUACAUGCCCUGUUACUGAUUUAAACUGGUUGUCAAAUCGUUUCUAUGAAUGUCUAUCGGCUUUAGCUUUUAUGCACGACAAUGGUCUAGUUCAUGCUUGUCUUACACCUGAUAUGAUAAUGCUUGAUUUUGAUGGUCAUGUGAAAAUUGGCGGUUAUGGUGUAUUUUAUGCAACUGAAUGGUACAAUUCUAUUGAUUUCAUUCUACCUAAUCCAGUGUAUUCUGCACCAGAAGUAUUUCUAUUCGUAUACAAUCGUAACGCUGCCUAUUCGUCUCAAUUCGAGAAUCCGAUGAAGUCAGAUAAAUGCUGGUUACGCAUAGAAGCUGAUGUAUGGUCUCUUGGUGUAAUUUUUUCUGAACUGAUUUAUGGUAAAGAGAUUGGUAAUCCACUGCACAAAAUUCAAAAUGAGAGUAAAGGAAAACAAAGUGAAACUAUUGAAUUAUUAUUAUUAAAAGGACUUUGUCAAGCUGAUCAGUAUCCAACAUUGCCUGAAUUUUUACAAAUUCCCUUAGAUGAUGUUAGUGUGCCUUUAAACUUGGCUCCUUUUGCCAGGUUGAUUCGAGAGUGUUUAAGAUUUGAUGUACUUACACGACCUAAUCCGAAAUAUUUGUUGAAAAAAAUGGAUGAAUUAUUAUUGAGUCAUUGUUUAUCGUGUGAAACAAAUUCUGAAGUGAGCUUAAAGACCUACUUUCAAAAAACAUGGAAUCACUUUGGAAGACCUGGAAUAAUGCAUCAUCAUCAUCAAUCAGUCUGUGCUCUGAAUGACGACAAAAACAACCUCCUAAAAGUUCAUAAUUUCAUGAACAGCAUUAAAGAUCUAUCAGAACUUUAUUACUAUUGGAAAUUGACAGGUGGGAAAAUUCAUUCAUCAGAGAAAAAUCAAUCUAAUCUGAAGAGUAUUCAUAAUAAUAAUAAUAUUAAUAAUAAUACUAACUCUCAUUUUGAUUGUUAUGAUAAAGUGUCAAGAAUAAAAGAAAAUGAUCUUGGAAUGUAUAAUGUAGACGAAUUCAAUUAUUGUUCAUUGCCACCGAUUUUAAGGAUUCCACACUAUCUGGCAAUUGUUAAAUCGAAUUCUUCUUCUUCUUCACGUGUCAUCUCUUCAGAAGAACAAUGGCCAAUAAGUGAAAUGAGACAACCACGUACAUUUCAUCCAUCAAAAAUCCUUCCAUUGUCUAAUCAACGUUUCAUUGAGCGUAUAUCACGUACCCCACUACAAAACUUAUACCCUCUACUCAUCUGCCAAGACUUCAAGGUCAAUUCUGCAGAAGACAAAAUGAAUAUUUGUUGUUCUACAAUCUACUCUGGUAACCACCAUGAUAUUAUUAUGUUUGACUAUUCCUCUAAGUCAUCAAUGGACAGUCAACCGACGGUCAACGACAACAGUGCCAUUUUUCAAAAUUUGAACAAGAAUCAUACAGAUUUUAUGAAUUUAUUAUCUACUAAAAAGCUAACCUGUAAUCUUGGCUUGAAUAAUUAUUGGUGUGCGUCAUUAACACGGGAUGAUUAUGAAGCAAAGAUCAAUUCUAUUUCUCAGCAACCAUUGUCUGUAAGAGAAGCAGAUGUUGAUUAUCAAAUUUAUCGUACACGUUUAUUUAUACGCAUACUGAAUGGUUUACCGGCAACAAAACGAUAUCUACGUUUAGAAGCACGUAAAGAUAUUCCACCGUUUCUACGUUGGAAGGUUUGGGCUGCUCUACUCGGUGUUUAUCCCAAUCGAGAAUUUGAAUCAUCCUAUCUGAAGACAUUACAUGAAAUCAACAAAUUAGGCUUGGAGUUAUCAUUCACAGAUGAAUUGAAUAGCAAUAAUAAUAAUAAUAAUAGUAAUAAUAAUGAACAAAAUGUUGACAGCAAUAAAGCCAAUACUGUCAUCUAUGGUCGAUUAGAUGAAAAAGUUAUCAAUCAGAUAUCAGUGGAUCUACCACGUUGUCAUGCUUAUGAUCCUUUGUUGGCUUCACCAAUAGGACAAUCAGUUCUUCGUCGUGUUCUACUAGCCACCUUAUUAAUGAAACCUGGUGCUUUGGACUAUACUCAAGGUAUGGAUUCUGUGGCUGCUGUAUUUGUGCGUAUUUGUUAUCCAGACGAGGCGUUAGCUGCCGCCUGUUUAAACGCAUUCCUGUCAACUAAACUACCGGGAUUUUUCUCCUCUGGUGGGCUAACCUUAGGCUUAAAGUCAUACUUCAAUACACUUCUACGACUGUUGGCCUUUCACUUACCUCGAUUAGCUGUCCAUCUAGUCAAUAUUAAUGUCCCGUUAAUUGGAUUGACCACCGGUUGGAUUUAUACACUGUUUGCGCAUGCUAUGCCAUUGGAUCGUGUUGAAUUACUCUGGGAUACAAUUAUGCCUGGACCAGCGCUGUUAUCCAUGUUUUUUUAUAUUGCAUUUUUUGUUCAAUUGGACAGGCAAAUAAAUUUUGAGUCCUUAGGAUUAGAGAAAAUAUGUACAAUCUUAUCAAAUUUUCCGGAUAUCAAUUUGGAUAAAUGUCGAACUGAUGCGCUGAAGCUAGCACUGGCUACUCCUCGCAGUUUAACAACUUGGUCAAUUCCAAACAAGAAGUAUUUAGAGCAGAAGUCAGUAAGUGCUGAAGAAUUACUGAUGACUGGACAAUCGAAUUCCGUGGAAAAGGAAUUUUAUAAUUCAAAGGAAAAUGAACCUGCAGCUUGUGAUUUCUAUACACGUUUAUCAUUGCCAAACGCAUGGCCAGAUCAUUUGGAAUAUGAUUAUUCAGCAGUUUCAGAAGAGAUUGAUGCCAAUACUUUGCAAAGUAUGUAUGAUAAAUACAAUAUCUCAUCGAAUGCAUCUAAACUGGUACCGUUACUCAGUGUUAAAGAUGCUUUAGAGCACAUACAUCGUCCAGAUUGUUUGGUUCUAGACUUACGCAACGCCAAGGAAUAUAAUAAGUUUCAUCUUCCGAACAGUAUUCAUUGUGAUCUGUCAAAAUUAAUAAUUUCAGAUUCAGCUUUUGCUACUACUACUACUACUGCAGACAGAAACGAUGCACUUCCAUGCUGCGUCAACUCUUCUAAUCUAUCCUUAGAAAACUGGGAAAUGAUCGAUUAUCCAAGUGGGAAUCGUAGCCGACCACAAAUUAUCCCAGAAUUUUUAGCCUUUCUAAUGAAUGAAAAAUUAUGGCGUCAAACAACACAGGCCAGACAACAACAUUUAACCACCAGUAGUAGUAGGAAAUCGAGUCAAGGCACAUUAAGCGAUUCAGUGAACAGUAGCCUACCGUGUUCCCCUGGUCUCCUGAUUGUAUUCGGUAAUGAUGAACAGCUAUCAUGGCAUUUAGCCUACUGGCUUAUAGAACAUGAUAUUGAUCGUGUAUGCAUUCUGUUCAGUGCUGUUGAUGGUGUAGCAAACUUUUUAAAUUCAUGUUGUCGUCAAUAACUCCUCAGUGAGUGAGUGAGUGAGUGAGUGAGUGAGUGAGUGAGUGAGUGAGUGAGUGAGUGAGUGAGUGAGUGAGUGAGUGAGUGAGUGAGUGAGUGAGUGAGUGAGUGAGU